AUGCGUAGGAUCAAAGUGUCGCGCGGGGCGCCAUACCAACAACCCAUGACGAGGCAACACAAGCGGUUCCUGCUCUACGCUCUUCUCUGUACCCUCACGUUCGGCGCCUAUUACUGGCUCUUCUCACAGCCCAUUGAUCCCCUGGCUGUCGCCUUUGAGGAUCAUGAAGCCUACAUGCAGGAUGGCUCGAGUUUUGAUCACGUCAAGUCUAAGCAGUCGUACGAUUGGCGCGAGGCGCCUUUUGUGAACAAGAUCGCAUCCUACAUACCGCUACCUACUGGCACGCCGCUUAAGCUGCCGCCCGUUCAGUCCAAGCACUUUCCCGAAACACGCGCGCAACGAAGAUACCGUGAGGAACGUAGGGUCGCCAUACGGAACGAGUUCAGACAGAGCUGGAAUAGUUACAAGGAGUUCGCGUGGGCACAGGAUGAGCUUAGGCCCGUCACAGCCCAGGGCGAGGCGUCGUUUGGCGGCUGGGGCGCCACGCUGGUCGACUCACUAGAUACGCUGUGGAUCAUGGGCUUCAAAGAGGAGUUCUAUGAGGCUGUUGAGGCAGUCGCGGCCAUCGAUUUUGGCAGGACGAACCUUACCACGGUUAGCGUCUUCGAGACGACGAUUAGAUACCUGGGAGGGCUGUUGAGCGCAUACGACAUGAGUGCGAAGCCCAUCUUGCUUAAGAAAGCAUUGCAACUCGGAGAGAUGCUUUACCGGGCUUUUGACACCACAAACAACACUCCUCUGGGCUGGCUUCAUGUGGAAAAUGCAAAGGCGACAGACAGGACUGCGUUUACUCCCGAGUCCAACCUUUGCUUUGCUUGCCUUGGUUCGCUGACCAUGGAGUUUACUCGGCUUGCCCAAAUCACAGAAGAAUCAAAGUACUACGACGCCGUCGCCCGCAUCACUCGGCUUAUGGAUCGCGCACAAGACAAAACCAGGAUACCCGGGUUGUGGCCAACAAUGAUGAGUGCGGCCAAUGAGGAUUUCACCGUGUCUAGUACCUUUUCUAUAGGCGCGCUUGCCGAUAGCACGUACGAGUACUUCCCCAAGAUGCACGCGCUACUUGGCGGUUUGGACAAGGCGUACGAGAAGCUGUACCGCGAGUCAGCCAAGAAAAUUGACGAGCAUAUGCUCUUCCGGCCCAUGGUCCCUGACAAGGCACAUGGGGAGGAUCUGUUAAUGUGUGGCGAUAUCUAUACAUAUGACGACGGAGUCCAUCUAGACCCAACGAUGCAGCAUCUUACGUGCUUCAUCGGCGGCAUGUUUGGUUUGGCAGGUCGCCUCUUUAACGAACCCGGCCAUGUUGAUCUUGGCGCAAAGCUCACAAAGGGGUGCAUCUACGCAUAUGCUGCUACACAGACUGGCAUCAUGCCGGAGACAUUCGACAUGGUCCCCUGCAAGUCUCGCAACUCUUGCCCAUGGAACGAAUCAGCCUGGGAAGAGGGCGUGAUGCGUCACUACAGCAGUAAGUAUGUCAAGGACCUGGAAUCCGCCGUGAAACAGUACAGAAUUCCGACUGGCUUUACCAACAUCCGCGAUAAACGGUACCUCCUAAGACCUGAAGCCAUCGAGUCCGUCUUCAUCAUGUACCGCAUCACUGGCGAUCGCCAAUAUCUCAACGACGCUUGGGACAUGUUCUCCAGUAUCGUCACCGCCACACGAACACCAUACGCCAAUGGGCAAGUACGAGACGUGACUUUUGUUGCGCCCAAAGCCCCCGGCCGAGGCUUCCAGUCUGCCCCGGGUGCUGAUGGGGAGCUGAGUACGCGCGAACAGAACAUCGAAAACAAGAUGGAGAGUUUUUGGACGGCGGAAACGUUGAAGUAUUUCUACCUCAUCUUCAGUACGCCCGAUAUGAUCAGUCUGGACGACUGGGUUUUCAACACUGAAGCGCAUCCCUUCCGGAGGCCGAAACCGACGUAA